CACAUGACAGCUCAAACAACACCCAUCAAUUAAGAAUUUAAUAUUCAUCAAUCUCUUACACAAUGGCUGAAGUCUCUGCUACAUUUGACAAAGAGCUCCCAAAGGAACUGUUGGAAUUGUUGGAGUCCAAGAGAGGAGAACUCGAAGAGGAUGCUCUGCAGUUGCUUCAAGGGCUCAUAAAGAUAGACACACAGAACUUCGGAGACGAAGGAACUGAGAUCGAAGCCGUCAAGUUCAUAAAGGAAAAACUGGAUGAAGUUGGAGUCCAAUAUGAGAUCAUUGAACCCAAACCUGGUCGUGGCAACAUAGUGGCUCGUAUCCGUGGUGAUGGUACGUCAAAUAAAGGAGCCGUACUUUUGAAUUCUCAUCUAGACACAGUCCGAGCACCUCGUGAGAAUUGGCAAGCGGAGGGUUGGAAGCACGACCCGUACGGAGCAGUUAUCGAUGAAGAAGACGGAUGUCUUUACGGACGAGGAACAAUCGAUAUGAAGAACAUGGCAGCCAUGUGUGUGGCAUUGCUUCGGUUCGUGAAGACAAAUAACAUUGUACUUUCACGAGAUUUGAUAUUUGCAGGCGUUUCUGACGAAGAGAGGACCGAGUCCACGUGGGGAGCGAGGUAUUUGGUGGAGAACAGACCAGAACUGAUAGAAGCUGACGUCGUAUUUAGCGAAUUGGGAGGAUUCUCCAUGAGGCUGGUGGGAAAGGACGUUUUCCCCAUUCAAAUAGCCGAGAAGGGCAUGGCAAGAAUGAAGAUCACAGCCCAGGGUCCAGGUGGUCAUGGCUCUCUGUUCCACAAGGUUAACCCAAUCGCAACCAUCGGACAAGUGGCUCAGUUCCUCCACACUCGACAUCUUCCUCUACGAGUAAACAUAGCCAACAAAGCUACUGUUAACAGCAUGGGAAGCAUCAUGCCCUUCCCCGUAUCCACUCUGUUCAGCCAAGUCCUGAAUGCGUCCCUGUCUGGAUUUAUCCUGCGGAGGUUCCUCACUGAAGACCAACAGUCCACCAUUGGUCCACUCCUACACAACACGGCCAAUCCCGUUGUCAUACAAGGAGGUGAUCAGAUGAACCAGAUUCCAACCACGGCUUCGUUGAUUGUCGAUUGUCGCUUUCUCCCCGAGUGUACAGUAGAAGAACUAAUGGAGGAAAUCAAGCAGCUUGUAGGUCCAUCACGAUUUGAGAUUCCCGAGGGCUCCAAUCAAGCAGAGUUGGCAAUCGAAUGUCUUGCCUCCCGAGACUCGUGUAGUCAGGAUCCUCACGAACCAGAGUGUAGUGAAAUCCUCUCAAUCAUUCGUGAUGUCAUCUCCUCAAGAGCCGACGGUGCCCCUAUCAUUACCAACUUGAUCCCUGGGGGCACGGAUCUCAUGUACUACUCUAAGCACCCGACCAAGAGUCCCAUCUGCCUCGGAUUCACUCCAGUUCGUAUGCCCCCUGAGAUGAAGUUUGGGUCUCUGUUUCACGCCACUAACGAGCGAAUACCAGUGGAUGGAUUCAAGUGGGGAAUGGGAGUACUGGCAGAGGUGGCCUUCCAUCUGUGUCUGGCCAAACUGUGAACACUGAUAUAAUGGAACUGGUAGCUACAGUUAUGUAGGAUUGUGACUGAAUAAUGUACAUUGUGCUUUAAAAAUCAUUGUGAAUUUGCUUCAAUGUGUACAAUCAUGGUUGUCAGUUAUAAUCGA